CACCUGACGUCGCCUCCCUUCUGCACGACAACGUCGCACCAUCACCUCUGCAAACUACUCAGCUGAAGGCGUCUCUGGAGGGCCUGAAAAACCCUCUUGUUGAAAUAAAGAGUGACCUUGAUUUGCUUCGCAAUGCUGUUGAGUUGCUGGAGGCUCACAUGUCGCGUCUCCAGUCAUUCGAAAAUGACUACGAAAUGGCACUGUCUCCAAUACGUCGCCUUCCCUUGGAGAUUACGACGGAGAUUCUACGCCGCUCGUGGAAAGAUAAUGAAUACAGAGGUAUAUCCAUGGGAAGGCGUCUUGCGGGAUUCAACGUCUUCACAAUCCGGGAGGGACCAUGGCAUCUUGGUCAAGUGUGCAGCUCGUGGCGAAAUGUCAUUGAAACACUUUGCCCGCAACUAUGGGCGUCUAUAACAGUAGAGGUUCCGUUCUCCUACAAGCCCAAGGUGCUUCUGAAAGCCGACGCGGUGGAAAUGCUCCGAGUUGUCCUUGAACGCUCCCGGAACCAUCCCCUCGAUUUUCAUUUUGAGUACUAUGGCUCCCACUCGGAGGCAGAGGAAGCAGAAGCCCAAAUCAUGGAUCAAUGUUUCGAUAUGAUGAUCGCUCAUUCGAAACGAUGGAGAGCGGUGGAAAUGACGAUCCCUCCAUCCUGUCUUCCACGACUCUCACUCAUACGCGGAAAGAUUGAUUUACUUCGGGAACUGUACCUCGAUUGUCUUGGCGACCCGCCGUCCAGGGACAUCCAUGCCUUUGAGGUUGCCCCCAAACUCGAAAAAUUGCAUCUGAAAGGCAUGCAUGGACAGGCCAACAUACCUUUCCCAGCCACCAAUCUCAUAUCUUUCUUCGACAUAAGACCAUUUUCCGGAGAUUGGCUGACCCCUGAGUAUCUUCGCGUCAUUGAAUCGGCUCCAAAUCUUCGCUCAUUUUCGUACAACGAUUAUGGCGUUAGCCUGAUACCCGUCCCGCUUUCCACCCCCGGCAGCAUCAUGGCCACAUCGAUCGAAGAACUUUCGGCGUCUUCGCCGAGUUUUAUGCGCAGCCUGGUACUUCCGUCGCUGAAGGAAGUCACGCUAACCACCGAGUGGGAUCUAGAGAUGGGAGAAGAUGUGGUAAAAUGCCCUGUGGGUGCGCUCGAUGCCCUCCACGAGAUGCUUGUGCAGUCACGAUGUUCCUUAACGAGUCUACGCCUCGUUGAUGUGGUCUUGAACAACAACCUUGUGAAUGUCAUACGGCUCAUGCCUGACUUGCAGGAACUCGUCAUCGAAUUCUGCGAGUGGGUGUCAGAUAUUAAUAGCCCCGUUAUGCAAUCUCUUGUGACACAGAUGAACGAGGUAAGCCUGGUAGAUGGGUUACCCCAGCACUCCAUGGUCCCGUUUCUGCAAACGCUUACCGUUUACCUGCAUACCAUCCGGUAUGCUCACGUUUCUUUCAUCAAUUCCUCAUUUGUGGACAUGGUAGCUUCGCGAUUGCGUCGACCGCACGACGUGCCACAUCUCACAGAGCUCAAUCUAUGGGUGAUGGGGCGGGGAUGGAGCUAUGAUCUUGAUAAGCAGGGGGAGAAAGCCUUGAACAGUCUGAGAGACGAGGGGCUCGAACUUGAUUUUAGUCUGGAUGAUGGAGAUCCGCAGUCAGACUUUGAUUGAACUUUGAUAUAACAGGAUUGUGUUCAUUGUUAAUGUUCAUCCUCUAUGUCUUGAAGAAUGUGAAAGGCGAGGGACUUGAUCUUGAUCUUAGUCUGGAUGAUGGAGAUCCCUGAGAUCAGAGACGGACGAGCCUGAGUCUGAUUGAUUGGAUGAUAUAACCUGUUAGCAGUACCAGGAUUCACUAACAGCAGUUUUCCUUACUCCCAUGAAUCAAUAAUUUUGACC